AACAUUAUUAUUGCUUGAAAGUUGAAACACGUAUAAAUAAAUUGAGAGCGAUUGAGUUGAAAGGAAGCCAAAAAGUAAAAGAAAAAGAAAUCAUCGUGGAAUCAAUCUCUCAUCUCAACCUAUCGCUUCUUCUUCCUCUGUCUUCUCUUCUGGUGGUGGUUGUUGCAGCGGCGGCGGCGGAUUUGGUUGCGAUGGAGGACGGCGAGCUCGAUUUCUCCAACCAUGAAGUGUUCUCGAGUCCUAACAUUGGCGGCGAGAUUCCCAGCAGCGGUUCCAUGGACAGUUUCUUCGACGAGCUUCUCAAGGACACGCACGGUUGCACCCAUACCCACACGUGCAACCCUCCUGGACCUGACUUCUCACACACCCAUACAUGUUAUCAUGUUCACACCAAGAUCGUGCCUGUGACUUCGGAGGAUCAGGUGAACAACACUGAUGACACUGCUGAGUCUGCUGAGAAUGGAAAUGGGGAUAACAGUGGAAGCAGUGGUAAGAAGGGUAGCAAGAAACGGCCAAUUGGGAAUAAGGAAGCGGUUCGGAAGUACCGCGAGAAGAAGAAGGCGAGGGCUGCGUCGUUGGAGGAUGAGGUUGUUAAGCUGAGGGCUUUGAACCAGCACUUGAUGAGGAAGCUGCAGGGGCAGGCUGUGUUGGAGGCCGAGGUUGCGAGGUUGAAGUGUUUGUUGGUUGAUAUCAGGGGGAGGAUUGAAGGGGAGAUUGGGUCGUUUCCUUAUCAGAAAUCGAAUAAUUCGAACAUGGCGGGGGUGAAUAUGCCCGGUUCUUAUGUGAUGAACCCUUGCAACUUGCAGUGUGAAGACCGGGUGUAUUGCCUUCAAUCAGAAGAUGGGAGGAUUGCUGAAGGCGGUGCGUCGCUGAACGGGGAUGGGUUUGGUGGGUGUGAGUUUGAGGGCAUCCAGUGUCUUGCAGGGCAGAAUCUGGGGCUCAAGGAUCUUCGUGGUUGUGGAGGUGGGCAGGCUGUGUCUAAUGUCAACUCUGCUCCAUCUAAUAAAAGAAAAGGGGGAUCUCGUGCAGCAACAGCGGGCUGAAGAAUUAAUAAAGUGGUGGUUUUCGUUGUUGACAUGGUAAUAUCUCCUUCGAAUAACUUGUUACCAGUUGCAGCAUCAGCUAUCCAUCAAGUCAUUUUUGUAAAUUAUCUUCUCUUUUUGACCCGCUACUGCAUUGUCGAGCUCUGGAUGGCUGUUCUACUAUGGAGGGCUAGUAGUUGAUAGAUGUUUUAUUAAGCAAAAGCAGGAGUUGAUCAGUAGUCAGCAUAGCUUAUGGCUGAGGCGAAUUUGGUGCUUUUCAAUGCAAUUUUUUCAUGGUGUUUUGAUUACGCCUUAAACUGACAUCGUAAUUGUUUUCUGCUGAUACAAUUUUAAAUCUGCUAAUUAUUUUAUUAGUUUUUUGUUCCGUUUGAUGCAAAUGCUGUUUAAGUGGUGAUUCAUGUUUUCUAAGUUCGCAAUUUUUUUAUUGCUGGAUUACAGAACUUGGGGAUGAUGGGGGGCUGUGUUUCAUCUUUCGGUACUUUGUGGCUUUGUGCUGUGGGCAGGUGAGACACCAAUGUCAUUUUGUGUAAUAUAAACUCUUGUGUGAGUGAAACAAUAAAGCUGGCUUGUGCGGUUGACGA